CCAAGAGCAUAAGGGCCGCAGUAUACCGGGUUCUGUGUCGGUGGUAGUAGACCCUCCCCCGCAACGUUCGAGAGACGUAGUGAGUAGUUCUGAAAUAUAAGUGUUCUCUCCAGCCCCUCCACAUUUUAGAAAUCGUUUGCUUCUACCUCCCUUUUGAUGUGGAUGGAAACGAAACGUGUGAUCGACAAUGAGAGGCACGUGGAGUAUUACAGCUAACCUCUUACUGGUUUUUAAUUAGUUCCUAUUUAAUCGCACAUUAAUUGUCGAUAUUUUUUGCCCGACCCGCGGUCGGAGUCUGCCUUAUUUGAUUUCAGAAGAAAACGGGAUUAAUUUCACUGCCAAGGUUAGUUGUGCUUUGUGGCAACGUCGAAGUGGAUUGUGUAUUUUGAUACUAUUAACUUCCUCGCAGUCCUUCUUCAUCUAUAAGACAAUGCAGACGCCUGGCGUUGGUAAAGCCGCCAACGUGCUCGUGGGCAAAGCUCUCGGCACGAACGGUACUACUGCAAGUAAUCAAAGCCUGGGGUCUGUGUGUCAUCCAGCCCAGACGACGGAGGCGAUCGUGCUGUUCACCAUAGCAGCUCUUGGCAUGGGUGCCAACAUGUUCCUCAUGUUGCUCAUCGUCUUCAAGAGACCCUUAAGACGAUGGUCCCAAGGAUUGCUAUUCCACCAAGGUCUCGUUGAUUGCGGCAGAGCCAGUCUGUUAUUGCUGUUAGGAAUUGGAGUUCUGUUCUGCCAACGUCUUCCUAAAUGCAAUAUUAUCGAGACUGCCUUCCUGCUGCUCGUAACGGUUUCUACAGUCAACAUGCUCACCUCCGUCAUCAACGAUGCCUCAUUGUUGCCAGACCAAGAUUUUCAGCAUCCACCACAACAACCAAGCCCACAUCAUCAUCACUACCAUCACCAGAACCCACUGCACCCAAAUCAAGACGUAACAGCUUCCUCGACAGUGUCCUUGGAUUCUCCACAAUGCAUAAUAUUCGGACUCUUCAUUAUCUGGUUUGCCAGCUUCACCAUCAAUCUAGGACCUACCUUGCUCAGCGGGGCCCUGACCAGCUCGCGGGAUACAGCUGGACAUGUCGAUGCCUGCCCUAUGGUCUACGGCCCCGUUGGGCAUUACGUGCUCAAUGUUCUCUGGGUCACGGUGAAUGUAAUGUGCGUUGCCCUAACUGGAGUACACCUACGAAAGCUAUACAGGGACUUGACUAGGUCCAACCUGGAGGCCGUUAGGAUAGCAGGUCUGGUGACGACUAUGAUAUCCGUAAGGUCGGAUCCCCACGACUCUUCGUGUAACGAGUCUCAGCAGAUCCAAAGCUACAUUCAUCGCCUGGAACAAGAAGGUAUCAGGCGAGUGAAGAGCUUUGCUAUCAUUCUGGCCGCCUAUAUCCUAUUUUGGGGCCCACUUUUCACUCUCACCCUAAUCCAACCUGGAAGACCAGGAUAUGCCAUCACUUAUGAAAUCACACUGCACGUUGCAUUCGUGCACGCCUUCGUAAAUCCCACCUUACUCCUCAUGUUACACAGAGACUUGAGGAAUGUAGCUGCAGAAUUUCCGUGCUGUGGUAGCUCAUGGGGCAGUUCUAAUGAAUGCAGUCGAGUGAAUGGCGUAGCCAGAGGCCACGGCCCAGCCGCUGACAUGGCACGAGCUUGCCGACUCAACAGAGGAUAUAUGGAAACGACCAUCUGACAACAACUGCAGGCACGGGGUGACAACACCGUGUAUUCUGCCAACGCCCACUAUGAUGACUCGUCACUCCCAGUGGUGCCACCACCGCCACCCCCUCGAUCGAGUGCCAGCUCACCAGCAUCCUACCGACACGUUCAUCAAGACGGUCACCACCACCACGUAUCCACCAUGACCAGCGACCAUCACCUGCUGCAACCACCAGCAGCGGACGACGAGGAUACAGCUAGCAGUGUGGACCCUGAAGGUCCACCCAUUCAAUCUUACCAAAUCCUGGAGUGGGAAGCACAGCCCCCCGAUUAUGCAACAAGUAGCAAACAUGCCUCCAAUGGAGAUAUGUCUACAAUGCUUAUGCACUGAACGUACCAUUCAUCCAACUCACACUGUGCGAUUUCAUCCUAUGUGAUUUAUUUUUAUUUUUAUUUUUUGAAACGUACAAGGAUUCUUUGGUGAUUAUCUAACCGCUUAGCAAUAUAGACCAAACGUACUUUUUUUGAGAAGUGGACUAUUGAAGAUGUACCUAUGUACCAAAAAAAAUGGAUCAUUGUGUUUCUCGCUGUUGUAAAUUGUUGUUGAUAUUUAAGAACUUUUCGAGGAUAUGCACAAACUUGGUUCUGAAGAGCACAUUCUCAGAAUCAGGUGCAAGAAAGAGACAUUCUCAACAAUAAUGAAAUCUAUCAAAAAAUAUCAAUAUAUACUUAGCAAAGAGUUUUCCUUCUAGCAUCUGUGAUUUAUUUUCAUCUAGGUAGCACAAAUGGAAUACAAACGGCUGGACAUAACCAAAGUCAAGAAAAAUGAAAGUUUGACCAAAGGAAUGUUAUGUUGAAAAGAAUGCAAGUAGUAAUGAUAAAAUACACAUCUCUUACUGACAAAUACUGUUCUAUUCUAUUGAAAUAAAAUGCAUGAUUAUUCCUAAAUAUUUUACCCUCUAGUCAUAAUGAACUAUGCACUAUUCUAAUUUUUAACAGAUUGUCUCACUAUUAGUCAUGUGAUAUGCAUGUCGAUACCUUUUUUAAUUAUACAUGUUGUUGAAUAAUUUUAAACUUC